UUUUGGAGACAACAGAAUUGAUUUGAAAUGAAGUUUAAUCUCCAGUGCUACUAUCCCCAGGGACAGCUGCUUUCUAGCGCUUCUGGAGAAAUGCAAAGUCCUCUCUCUUUAAGACAAACGAGCAUUCCAAAAGGUUUGCGAUACAUGACCAUUAUGGCACCAAGAAACUUCUUGUGUAUGAGAAGUAAUUUUCUCUUUGGUUCAAGAUGUUGGAUGAUCCGAUUUUCUGCAAAAAUCCUCUUUAAAUUAGUUUCAUUUAGGCUUUAUAGUGUAAAGUGUGGUAAUGCAGACAGUGAGUCUUCGGAGAAUGAAGAACUACUGAAUAAUCUACUUAAAAUGGGAGUAGAUGUUGACAUGGCAAAAAAACGACAGCCUGGAGUUUUUAAUAGGAUGGGAACUAAAGAGCAAGACCUGAAGAUGUUCCUUCUAUCCAAAGGUGCUAGCAAAGAAGUGAUUGCUAGCAUUAUAACAAGAUAUCCACGAGCCAUUACACGCACACCUGAAAGUCUUUCAGAACGGUGGGAUCUGUGGAGAAGAAUUAUGACAUCAGACCUUGAAAUUAUAACUAUCUUGGAACGUUCUCCUGAAUCUUUUUUUCGAUCCAGAAACAACCUAAACUUAGAAAAUAAUAUAAAGUUCCUCUACUCAGUUGGAUUGACCCAUAAAUGCCUUUGUCGAUUGUUGACCAAUGCCCCACGUACCUUCUCCAAUAGUCUAGAUCUGAAUAAACAGAUGAUUGAAUUUUUACAAGAAGUCUGUUUGUCAUUAGGUCACAAUAAGCCCAGAGAUUUUGUUGGGAAGAUAAUUUUUAAAAACCCUUUCAUCUUAAUUCAGAGUACCAAACGGGUGAAAACUAACAUUGAGUUUUUACAGUCAACUUUCAACUUGAACAAUGAGCAGCUGCUCAUUCUGCUGUGUGGUCCGGGAGCUAAAAUUCUCGACCUUUCCAAUGACUAUGUCCACAGAAACUACACAAAUAUCAAAGAGAAGCUGUUUUCUUUGGGGUGUACUGAAGAAGAGGUACACAGGUUUAUCAUAAGCUAUCCAGAUAUGGUCUUCUUGGGAGAGAAAAAGUUUAAUGAUAAAAUAGACUGCCUCAUAGAAGAAAAAAUUAGCAUAUCACAAAUAAUUGAAAAUCCUCGGAUUUUGGAUUCAAGCAUAAGUACUUUAAAAAGUCGAAUCAAAGAAUUGGUAAAUGCUGGCUAUAAUUUCAGUACAUCAAACAUUAGUCUUUUAUCUUGGAGUCAAAAAAGAUAUAAAGCUAAAUUGAAAAAGUUAAACACUGAAUAGAACAUUGUUCUGGGGAAUUAAAAAGUGACUUACAAUGUAAUGAUCCCUCAUUUUGAAUUUGGGCCUUUCAAAAAGGAGAAGUUUGGUUUCUUAACCAUAUAUAUAUAUCCUUUGGAUAUUUUACUGUAAAGGUUUGUAAAAACUCAUGAUCAGUAUGCUCUAGUAUAGUCUUUCCAGUUACCUUUUCUCUAGUUUGAAUUAAUACAACAUCCAAUUAUAUGAUACAGGCUGUGACUGUCUUAUAAGUGGUAAUUCCUGAGUACAGGACAGAACAAUAUGUGGAAAGAUAAAAAGUACAAAAUAAGCUUUUGGUUUCUAUUCAGAUUAAAAAGUCAACAGUUAUUUGGAUAGUUCUGUUUCCUCUCAGGGAGGGUUUAGGAUGGCAACUGAUUUCUCCUAUUGUUCCCACAUAGCUAAUUAUGGUUCAUCUUCAAAAUAAAAUGCCAAUAAAAAUCUGACAAACCAGAAAAGAGGGGUUUUCAUCUCAAGUUCUACAUUCUCCAUUUAAACCAUUAGUAUGUUCCCCCUACCUCCCAACUUGGGCUCAAUUUACUAUGGGUAUAUCCUGAUUUCUUUGAAGUCAAUGGCAACUAUGAUGGGCAGAAAAAUGGCCACCCAAAGAUGUCAAUAUCAUAAUUCCCAGAAUCUGAAUGUGUUAUGUUACACUGGAAAAGGACUUUGCAAAUGGCAUUAAGUUAUGGACCUUAAGACAGGGAGAUUAUCCCAGAUUAUCUGUGUGGGCCCAGUGUAAUCAUAUGGGUCCUUCAAAAUGGAAGAGGGAUGUAAUAGAGGAGGUCAGAGUGAUGUGAUGUAAGGACUUGACCCUAUUUACUGGCUUUGAAGAAGGAAGGGACAAUGAGCCAAAGAAUGCAGGUGGCCUCAAAGAAAAUGGAAAAGGCAAAGAAACAUUCUCCGCUAGUUCCCUUAGAAAGGAACAUAGCCCUGCUGGGACCUUGAGUUUAGCCCACUAAAACAUGUGUCAAACUUCUGACAUUCAGAACUAUAAUAUAAUCAAUUUGUGUUUUUUUUUAAGCCAUUGAGUUUGUGGUUGUUGUUACAGCAGCAAAUAGAUGAAUAUAGGAAUUAAAUGAUAUUAGUUCCAUUAUAGGUGAAGAAGUCACAAAAUAUGGUUCUUUUAGUAUAUCUGUGUUUCUUUCUCUUGUAAUUAACCUUUUUUUUCCACAUACCUUUCUGGAAUGACAACUAAGUUACUGUUUGUGAAGAUCUCUAAAUAUCUGUAUAAAAAAACUAAAUGUAAGUAAUAAAGUCUAAAUAAAGGAAUAUUUUUGCCUGAUAAUGUAGUUUAAAGAAAUGGUUAUAGUUUCUGUAUAUUUAUGUUUUAUGGGAAUUUCAUCUAAUGUAAACAAAAGAACAAGGAAGUUUUCGAUGCACUGACUUCAAAUAUAACCAAACCAGGUGAUGUCAAUGGCUCUAAGACAUUCACAGUCUAGCUCUGACUUAAACUGAA